AUGAAGCCGAAGCGGCGCUCUACUUUUUCACCAGCAAGUGCUGAAACAACGUUGAAAUCGCCACGACCGAAGCGAAAGAGACAGGGUACGCCAUCACCAACUCGUCGGAAGUCGUCAAACAGCAGUGAAGAAAUCAAACCACCACCGGAAUUCAUUCCAUUUCCUUAUGAAAAGCAAUGCCCAAAACUUCGUGAAUUGCUGGAGAAAAACACGGAGGACAUCACUCUCGACAGAGAUGAUCUCCUUUGCCUUCAGCAUGAGCUGGAGAAAAUGCUAGCUCACUCAGCUGACUAUCUCAGACGUGCUCAUGGAGAGGUCACGUAUUUAAAUACUGGAGAUUACCCUGUACAGGAUUUGAGAACACGACCGAUGCCUUCCUACAAGCUUCGAGAGUUUGUGCCCAUCUCCCCGACGACGACACAAGAGCUGCAACAGACUCUCUGCGGUCUCCCAGAGGAUGACACUGAGGACGAUGUUGACAUUUGGCCUCCGCCCCAUAUUCCGCAGCGCUUCUGGACAUGGUGCAAGGCUGACUUUCUCACUCCUGUGGAUGCUGAGUAUUUGCGAACUUUUAAGGCUAUGCUGUUGGAUAAAUAUAGUCCCGAUGAUUUAAAGUACUAUUAUAUUAAUGAGCCUUGGAAGCAUCGCAAACGUCAGCAUUGUCGUUCACGUAUUAGUUCUGUUGACUUAUCGAGUUCACGAACUACACGGCGGUUGAGCUCAGAUGUUCACUUGACGGAGAAGAAGAUCAAAGAGAAAGAGGAAAAAAGUCAACCACACUCAUGCAGUCGAAAGAUUUCGGGAAAUUCAAAUGUACGGGUGACUCGAGGGUCCGAUUCGAAACUGGCACCGCUGAUCAGUGACGUGGUUUGUGCCGCCAGUCGCGAGAUGCGUAAAGAAGACUUCACGACGCCUAUUCGAAGAUCAUCCACGAGACUGCAUUCACGUGAGGACUGUGAAGAUGACAGGAAAACUCUUGUUAAGAAUGAGCCAUGGGAGAUAGCUGGGCAUAAUUCUUGUGCUGGUGAAGUUCAUAGUGCUUUGCACGUUAACGGAUUUUCUUCGCGAUCCCCUCUCAAUUCACGAAUGCAUUCGCCAAAGGUUAAAAAGGAGAUUCGAGAAGAAGAU